CUCACUGCCCCAGCCCAAUCCAGGCCCCCACAAUCCCAUGAUACUGAACGUGCCAAGCACGCUUCGAACCAUCCCUCACCCGUACGAUCCUGAUCCAACGGCUAUCCACUACUCCAAAAUCCAAAGAAGUGGGGUCCACAAGGGGCAAACAAAAUAAGUGGGGCCCACACCAUCACUAGGUCUUCUUUCAGGGGCAAAACAGUAACUUAACCUCUCUUCCUCCUUUCAAACCCCCGUCUCUUCUUCUCCGAAACCCCGCCAAAUCCCCUCCUCCUCCGUCCUCCUCCUCCUCGACCCUCUCAAACCCUAACCCUAAUUCCAUCUUCAAUCCUGUUCAAUAGAAUGACGAGCUCUCCCCCUCCCAACGACGCCCUACAACUCGUCGAGAUCGUUCAAGACGACGACAACGACCCCGCUCUAGUUCUUGCCCGCCGUGACAACCUCGAAAUCGAUCUCUCCGGCUUCCCCAUUGAUUCCUCCCAAAACCUCGAUCUUGUCCCUGUUUUUCAUCCACGAAGACUCGUCUCUAACCCUGAUCACGACCUCCGUGUCGGCCAGACCUUCCGCGAUGUCUCCACUUGUCGCCGCGCUCUCCGAGACGCCGCCAUCGCUUGCAAUUUCGAGAUCCAGACUGUGAAAUCCGACAAGACGAGGUUCACUGCUAAGUGCGCCAGCCAUGGCUGCCCUUGGCGUGUCCAUGCUGCCAAACUCCCAGGUCAAUCCACUUUUAGUAUUAGAACCAUCAGCGCGACUCACACUUGUGACGGGAUCACCCACCCCGGCCAUCAUCAGGCGUCUGUGCAAUGGAUUGCGAGCUCCGUCGAGCAGUGGCUUCGCGAGAACCCGCAUUGCAAACCCAAGGAGAUUCUUGAAGAGGUUCAUCGUGUUCAUGGGAUUAGGCUUUCUUAUAAGCAAGCUUGGCGAGGGAAAGAGCGAGUAUUGGCUUUGGUUCAUGGGUCUUUUGAAGAGGAAUACAAGCUUUUGCCCAAGUACUGUGAAGAGAUCAAGAGAACUAAUCCGGGUAGCAUUGCUUCGGUUUACGGCCAUGAUGAUGACCGCCGUUUUCGGAGGCUUUUCAUUGCUUAUCAUGCUUCAAUUUAUGGUUUUGUGAAUGGUUGCCGCCCAGUGAUUGGUCUUGAUAGAGUUGUUUUGAAGAACAGGUAUCUCGGAACUCUGUUCUUGGCUUCUGGUUUCGAUGGGGAGGGUGCUCUGUUUCCGUUGGCUUUUGGUGUUGUUCAUGAAGAGACUGAUGAGAAUUGGAUUUGGUUCUUGACUGAGCUUCGAAUGCUGUUGGAAUUGAACACUGUGAACAUGUUGAGGCUUACAAUUUUGUCCAAUAUGCGGAAAGGGGUUGCCGAAGGAGUGAAUAUUAACUUCCCUUCUGCCUUCCAUGGCCUCUGUAUGCGCCAUCUCACGGAGAGUUUUCAGAAGGAGUUUAAAAAUAACAUGCUUGUUGGUCUUUUGUGGGAGGCUGCUCAGGCCCUCACUGUUGCAGAUUUUGAUGCCAAGAUGAUGGAAAUCAAUGCACUAUCGCCGCAGGCUGCUUAUUGGCUUAAUGGUGUCCAGUAUCAACUAUGGGCAACUGCUCACUUCAAGGGAUCGAGGUUUGGGCUCAUGAUGGCCAACUUGAUUGAAUUACCGAUUUGGAUAGUUGAAGCUUCCAGUCUCCCAAUAAUUCAAAUGAUGGAGUGCAUCCGGAGGCAGCUGAUGAUUUGGUUCAGUGAGCGACGUGAAAUGAGUGAUCAGUGGUCGGACCUUUUGGUGCCUUCAGCUUUCAACCAUGUGUCUGAUCCGCACCAAUGUGCGCAAGAGUAUCAGAUCAUGGAGGCGAAUGAGGCGGGACUCGAAGUUUAUUCUACUCAUAAAGGAAUUACUAAUACAGUCGAUAUCCGAAACAGAUGUUGUUCUUGCUAUGGAUGGCAGGUCUAUGGCUUGCCUUGCUCACAUGCUGUGACGGCACUAAUUUCUUGUGGACAAAACGUUUACAAGUUCGCCGAGAACUAUUUUACCGUGACAAGUUACCGGACGGCCUAUUCAAAGACAAUACAUCCAAUCCCCGAUAAAAGCCUUUGGAAUGUAAAGGAUCAACUUGAGCUAGUGAUAAAUCCACCGAGGUCCGUUAUGCCACUAUUAAAGCCGAGGAAGAAGAGAGCUCAAUCCCAUGACGGGGCGCCAUUGAAGCGAGUUGUGCAUUGCAGCCGGUGCAAGCAAACAGGUCAUUUUAAAUCAACAUGUUCUGCCCCUGUGUAGCAAUCAGUGGCUGCAUUCUUGUGAAUUCUCAUAGUUGAUUGAUAGAUAGGUUACUCUAUAUAUAGUUUUCUUAACCUUUUUACAGUAGUAAUUUGAUGC